CUCCUGUGAUUGGAAGGAAACCCCGUGGACGCCAUUCAGACAGAGAGGGCUGAGAGAAUCAGCUGUAGCUUGGUACUUCUCCACCGCUAUCUGCCAGUACUCAGUGAGCAGUCAUGAGUGAAGCGCCCCAUGAGGAGUGUGCGCAGGAGGGUCUUGUGCAGAAGGCCAAACUGGCCGAGCAGGCUGAGCGCUAUGAUGAUAUGGCAGCUGCGAUGAAGGAGGUGACGCAGGAGUGUGACGAGCUGACAAACGAGGAACGUAACCUGCUGUCAGUGGCCUACAAGAAUGUGGUGGGUGCCCGUCGCUCCUCAUGGCGUGUGGUGUCCAGCAUUGAGCAAAAGACGGACUGCGGUAAGAAGCAGCGCAUGGCUAAAGAGUACCGAGAACAGAUCGAGAAGGAGCUGAAAGAAAUCUGUGAAGAAGUGCUGAAAAUCUUGGAUGAUCAUCUCAUUCCGAAGGCCUCUACACCUGAAAGUAAAGUAUUUUACUUGAAAAUGAAAGGAGAUUACUACCGCUAUCUGGCUGAAGUGGCUGGAGAAGGUUGCAAGGAAGAUAUCACUUGCUGCUCAAAGAAAGCUUAUACAGAUGCCUGUGAAAUCAGCAAAAAAGAAAUGGCGCCCACACACCCAAUCCGUCUUGGUCUUGCUCUGAAUUUCUCUGUUUUCUUCUACGAGAUCCUCAACACUCCAGAAGAGGCCUGCAAUCUUGCUAAAUGCGCUUUUGAUGACGCCAUCGCAGAGCUCGACACACUGAGUGAAGAUUCGUACAAAGACAGCACACUAAUCAUGCAGCUGCUGAGAGACAACUUGACACUGUGGACCUCUGACAACCAGGUUGAGCAAGAGGAGACAGAGUGUGAGCACAGAGAGUGAGCCAGACCCUCAGUCAUCCCUGCUUACCUGCAAUCAAUCCAAUUCAUCUCUAUCUUGAUCAUCAACAAUGAGACCACCUCAUUAAUCAUUUUUGUUGUCCAAUUCUCUCCAUCUAUUUUUUGUCUAGUUCUUUUAACACUCACCUCACUCUGUCUUUUUUAGUAACAGUGGGAAAAGGGGAUUGGGGGUGGGAGUGGGUCCUCAACAUUAGGAGGCAGUAGCUGUUUUGGUUUGUACUUUGCAAAAGGAAAGAUGGAAAAGGUGAAGACAAAAGGGUUUAACAGGAACUGCUGGAUAUGAUAUGAGGCAAGGUUUUGUUGGAACACAAAGGUUACAUUCCAUUUACUGUCAGUUGCUCAACUUUUUACUCUUAAUAAUUUUUUAUUAUUUUCUUUUUCUGUUUGGGUGACCUGCUUUUUUGUAUUUUCUAUGUAUGAUUUACGAGGUAUAGAUAACUUUGAAGAACAAAAGAGCACACAAGCCAGAUAUUGAUGUUUUUAUGAGCAAAGCAGUAAAAAAAAAAUACACAUGCUUAUCCAGUUACUGCUUUUUCAAAUUAAGAUCUUUGUUUGUGUUGUCUUUUAUUCUCAUUUUUCUUUCGAUACUUGCUGAUCUGCAUGUUGGUAAGAGGUAGUUUGCGUGGAUGUACGGAAGGUAAUCAGGCUGGUUAGCCUUGAUCAUGUUUUCCGAAAUUUUCAUACAUCCAAGCGUAACUGUUCUUUGGGGGAAUAUAUGUAAUAUGAUACAAGAGGAAUAAAAAAUUUUUUAAAAGUUUAAA